UAUUUUAAUACACGAAUUUUUUUUUCUUUGUUUUUCCAGAAUAAACAACCAGGAUAUUUAAUAAAGAACAGUGUUAAACUGCUGAAAGAGGUGAAGCACAAGCCAUCCAGAAGAAUCUCCUGAAAACGCAGAAAUUGUUUGCUACAUUUCACAGACAGAUGGAGCCAAGUCCCGACAUGGAGAAACAUCAGCACUCUGUCAAGAGUUUUACUAAACAGAGUGAUCUCAAAAAACACCAGCGCAUUCACACAGGAGAGAAACUGUAUCACUGCUCAGACUGUGGGAAGAGUUUUAAUCAACAGGGUCAUCUCAAAAAACACCAGCGCAUUCACACAGGAGAGAAACUGUAUCACUGCUCAGACUGUGGGAAGAGUUUUACUGCACAGAGUAGUCUCAAAAAUCACCAGCGCAUUCACACAGGAGAGAAACCGUAUCACUGCUCAGACUGUGGGAAGAGUUUUACUGAACAGAGUAGUCUCAAAAUACACCAGCGCAUUCACACAGGAGAGAAACCGUAUUACUGCUCAGACUGUGGGAAGAGUUUUAAUCAACAGAGUACUCUCAAACUGCACCAGCGCAUUCACACAGGAGAGAAACCGCAUCACUGCUCAGACUGUGGGAAGAGUUUUACUAAACAGAGUAAUCUCAAACUGCAUCAGCGCAUUCACACAGGAGAGAAACCGUAUUACUGUUCAGACUGUGGAAAGAGUUUUACUAAACAGAGUAAUCUCAAACUGCAUCAGCGCAUUCACACAGGAGAGAAACCGUAUUACUGUUUCGACUGUGGGAAGAGUUUUACUCAACAGAGUUAUCUCAAAAUACACCAGCGCAUUCACACAGGAGAGAAACCGUAUCACUGUUUCGACUGUGGGAAGAGUUUUAAUCAACAGAGUAAACUCAAAAAUCACCAGCGCAUUCACACAGGAGAGAAACCGUAUUACUGUUUCGACUGUGGGAAGAGUUUUACUAAACAGAGUAAACUCAAAAAUCACCAGCGCAUUCACACAGGAGAGAAACCGUAUUACUGUUUCGACUGUGGGAAGAGUUUUACUAAACAGAGUAAACUCAAAAAUCACCAGCGCAUUCACACAGGAGAGAAACCGUAUUACUGCUCCGAUUGUGGGAAGAGUUUUACUAAACAGAGUAAUCUCAAACUACACCAGCGCAUUCACACAGGAGAGAAACCAUAUCACUGUUCAGACUGUGGGAAGAGUUUUACUUUACAGAGUGAACUUAUAUUACAUCAGUGCAUUCACAAAAGAUAGAAAAGUAUCCCAAAUAUGUUCCUCUGCCAUAAAAAAAUGCAAACCUUAAAUCUUUCAGACAGCCAAAAACACCUCAUCAUGCACAAAAUCUUCACUCUGUUACAAGAACUUCAUUUAAAAAUGGCUUUUUACAGGUUCAGAAAAAUGAAUCUUAUCCAGAGAUGAUGUUUACUGAAUUUCAUGCUGUGUUUUUAUGUAUGUUUGUAUACCUACAUUAGUUAAUGCCUGCAGAGCUCUUCAACACUUAGUGUUGUGUUUUAAGAAGUUUUUACACACAGAAUCAUAAAUGGUACCACUAACAGCAUAAACUAGGAACAUACAUUUUUAAAAUUUUUUCAGUGAUAUGCUGAAUAAAUAGUAAAGCGAUGAUGCUAGCUCAGAGUAAAAUCGUAUAUUAAAUCUCAGCAUUAGCUUUAGAACUAAUAAUAAACAAAAGUGAGGAUUUUAUCAUUCUGGGACAUUUUUAGGUUUAAAAAUUGAAUAUGCUUUGCCAUAAGUAGGAAAUGAUCAUUUGGUCAACUUAUGUCAUUUACAGCCUUAACACAUUCUCAAUUGUUUACAUAUAAAAACUUUAUUUAUUUUUUCCUCCACUCCACGUUUGUAGUUUGUAGUUGGAGCGAGGGCACUGCCAGUGUUUGCUCCAGAUGUUAGAUUAGCAUUACUUAGUCUUUUAAAAUUUAGAUGUCGUAGUUUAAAGGAGUAGAGUAUUCUUAGGAGUAGAGAAUAUUCUUAGCUUGCAACAAAAGGCCAACAAAAUCCUUUUCAGAGUUAAAAAAAAAAAAAAAAACGGUCUAGCUGUAGUUUCCAUACUGAAAGCAACACUCAGUAAGCUAUGCAGCAGUAAGACUGCAGGAUCCUUGAUUCCCUCUACUGCACAUGUGUCAAACACAAGGCCCCAAGCGAGAGCUUGUAAGAUCUUAGU